AUGACACUGGUCUUUGCUCUGGGGUCGAACGGCUACGGACAGCUUGGGACGGGGCACAGGGAGGACUCGGCGGCGGCGCAAAGGUGUCUGUUCGAGGGUCCUCCACAGGUAGAAGAAACCCCGUGCUCGAGUGGCCGCUCGGACGGGGAUGGCGAUGCCGACACGACGACGUCGAUUGAAAGUGGAACUGGAAACCGGUCUGGAACUGGAACUGAAAACGACGAUGCGACGACGACUACUGUAACUAUGCAAGUCAAGAAGAUCGUGGCAGGAGGGAAUCACACUCUCUUAUUAACGCUCGACGGUAGGAUAUUUGCCGCUGGUAAACCCGUCGGGGAAUUUGAACGAGACAGUGAUGAAGAAGAGCAAGAAGAAGAUCAAGGUCAACCAACACCACCGCCACCGUCACCACCACCACGACCACGACAACCAUCCACACGAACGCCAUCCACCGUAUUUCGAGAAUGUCGAACCGACUUUCUCGCCGGAGCCACGACCGAAACUCAAACUGAAGCGGAAGCGACUGGCCCCAAACGAAAUACAAAAUGCUACAUAUCAGACGUCGCGGCGACAUGGGACGCUUCGUUCUUCGUAGUCGAUCGGAAGAGUGUUUAUGUCUUGGGAACCGGGUCGAAAGGAGAACUAGGCCUCGAUCACGAUGUCCACGAGACGAGACGACCAAGGAAGGUCUUUGAUGUAGGUCAUCAGGAUGACGAUGAUGGCAACGGCAGUAUAUCAUUUACUACUGUCGAAGCAGCUACUACGACAAUAACAACAACUGCUGCUGAAGCCGAUAUCUUGACAAUCGCAGCGUCCAUGUCCCACGUCGUGGUCCUUUUAUCGGACGGCCGCUGUUUCGGCUGGGGAGCCUGCCGCAAGGGACAGCUUGGGGACAAGUUCCGAGUGGACAAGGCCCUAUGGCGGCCGACGAGGAUCGAUAAGAAAGACUCAUCGUCAUUGCUGCCGUUCCGACCUGAUGGCGUUGUCCUGGGCCGUGAGUAUACUGCAUUCUUCCGCUGUGGGAAACCGCUGUUGGUCUGGGGCGAACGAAAAGAUUUUCUUCAUGAGGGGCAGCAAGCAUUGAACCAUACACUUCAUAAAGGAGAUAUCGUGGUCUCAGGCUGGAGCUCGCUUCAUAUAUUGUCUUGUUCUCCUUCGUCCUCGCCAACAGUCAUGAGCAGCGGCAAAAAUCAUCGAGGUCAACUGGCCCCAGACAAAUUGCCGUCCAUAACCGCUUUGGCUGCGGGUAGCGAGCAUUGCGUGGCCGUCACAACUACCCAAGAUGUCAUUGCCUGGGGUUGGAGCGAGCAUGGAAACUGUGGUGCAGAGGUAGACCGCAAAGGCAAUGUUGCAGGACGGUGGAAUGUGAUUUCCUUACCUCCUCUCAGCAGUAAGUACCGCGUCACGGCUGUCGCUGGAGGCUGUGCAACCACUUUUGUCAUCUGCGAGAAAACCCGGCCUUGA